UGACAGCACUGCUUGGAAUGCUAUUUUGAAUUUCAAGGUUAGAUACAGUAGCUUACAUAACCUUAUUAAGAAACAGUCAACAACAAGAUAACUGAGCCACAUUACUUUCAUUUCUUGAGGAAACAAGAAUAAGUUAACAUCAAUGUCUAAGCAAGGAGUUCGCCGUGUAAGAGGAAGCAUGCCUGGAACGGGAUUAAGGAUUCGUACUUUGCAUGUGCGGGAUAUUCGUUUUCCCACAUCCUUAGGUGCUCAUGGCUCAGAUGCUAUGCACACAGAUCCAGACUAUUCUUGCGCGUAUGUUAUCAUUUAUACUGACCGAGAAAUUGAAGGUCACGGCUUAACCUUCACUUGUGGCCGUGGGACUGAAAUAGUGGUGCAAGCAGUUAAGUCCUUGUCUUACCUCGUGGUAGGCCAAGAUGCAGGUGAAAUUUUCAAGGACUUUGGCAGCUUUUGGAGAAAGCUUACAAGUGAAUCACAACUAAGAUGGGUGGGUCCCGAGAAGGGAGUAAUUCAUCUGGCAACAGCAGCAAUAGUCAAUGCCUUAUGGGAUUUGUGGGCUACAGCAGAACAUAAACCUCUGUGGAAAUUGCUGGUUGACAUGGAUCCAGAAACUCUUGUAUCCACCAUUGACUUCAGAUAUAUAUCAGAUGUCAUCACAAAGGAGGAGGCUAUUCAAAUACUAAAAUCGAAGCAAGAAGGGAAAGGAGAAAGGGAGGAAGAAAUGAGGACAGUAGGUUACCCUGCAUAUACUACCCAAGUUGGUUGGUUAGGUUAUUCAUCUGAACGUGUGCGUGAUCUUUGCCGAGAGUACCUUUCACAGGGAUUCACAUGUUUCAAAGUUAAAGUUGGUCAAAAUUUAGAGGAUGAUAAACGUCGUUGUAAAAUAGUAAGAGAAAUCAUCGGCUGGGACAAUAAAUUGAUGGUAGAUGCCAAUCAGAAUUGGGACGUACAGCAAGCUAUUGACUGGAUGAAGGAACUGGCCGAGUUCAAGCCACUUUGGAUCGAGGAGCCUACUUCCCCUGAUGAUGUUCUUGGACAUGCUGCAAUAGCCAAGGCACUGAAACCACUUGGGAUUGGUGUGGCAACUGGAGAGAUGUGCUGCAACCGCGUAAUGUUCAAGCAAUUUCUGCAGGCUGGUGGAAUGCAAUAUUGUCAGAUUGAUUCAUGUCGCAUUGGUGGUGUCAAUGAGAUAUUGUCUGUUUACCUAAUGGCUUACAAAUUGGGAGUUCCAGUUUGUCCUCAUGCUGGUGGUGUUGGACUCUGUGAGAUGGUGCAACAUCUCCAGAUAUUUGAUUACAUCUGUCUUUCGACAACAAAGGAGAAUCGAGUAAUUGAGUAUGUUGAUCAGCAGCACGAGCAUUUUGAAAAUCCAACCAAUGUUAAACAUGCUCACUACAUUGCACCUACUGCUCCAGGUUACAGUACAAAGAUGAAAGCUAAAUCAGCAGAAUCUUAUGAGUACCCACUUGGACACGAGUGGGAGAAGAUGUUUAAUGAGGGAACAUUCCAACGACCUCAUGUACCACUCAGUUAAAAUACAAAUUUGUACUUCAAAAAUAAGCUGAAAUAAAUCUUCCUUUUAUUCAAUGCAUUUUACCAUUGUUAAUAUUUCUUAAUUUUGCCCAAAUUUAACAAAGAAGCACAUCAAGAGUUGCAAAUGUACCCAUAAGCAUAUUAAUUUUUUUUUUUUUUUUCUUUUUUUCCACUAACACGUGCAGUAUUACUGAAAAGAGGAGCAGAAGCUUCUCUGAACCUGAAGGUUAGUUUGAACUGUUCUGGUGGAAAAGUGUUAUUAUUCUGUCGAUGAAUUCAUUGAGGACAGCUUCACAAUCUGAACACAGGGAUUGUAUUACAUGUAUUAUUUUAUGUACAUGUGUAGCUGUAACUUAGAAAUGUAAAAUGUAAUGUAAACUUUUGUAUUUCUCUUAAAAAAGUGAAAAAAGUUUCUUUUGUAAGCCUUGACAUGUCUCCUGUACAUCAAAUCAAAUGAUUUGAAAAUUGUACGUAAUGAGAUGAAUAAAACACAUAUCACAUAUCACA